AUGCUCCUUAUCGCUACCCCCAACAUCUGUGAGCUGAGGAUCCCUUUCCCAUCAUCACCAUUGGCCCAGAUUGCGCUGGGCUCCCUGGCCCCUGACCCUCAGCCCCGCAAAGAAGGGAUCAGCAAGGAACUGGACGUGACGGAGGACAUCUUGCAUGUGUGAGUAUUGGCCAGGCGGCCCCUUCUACAAGUGGCAAGGUGUGGUGGCAGUCAGGGCAGAUGGUGGGCUCUGAGUCCUGGGUGCAGCCUGCUGGAAGGUCUCCUGCACAAGCUGCAGGAGGAUGAGAGACAAGGUGGCGCUGUAAUGGAUGGCAUGUUGGACUUGAACCAGGGUUUAAACAACAGCAACAGUUUUAUUAUUUGUACCCCGCCCAUCUGACCAGGUUGCCCCAGCCACUCUGAGCAGCUUCCAGUAGAUAUAAAAACAUAAAACAUUUAAAACUUCCCUAUACAGGGCUACUUUCAGAUGUCUUCUAAAAGUUGUAUAGUUACAGUCAUACCUCGGGUUAAAUACGCUUCGAGUUGAGCGCGUUCGAGUUGCGCUCCACGGCAACCCGGAAGUAACGGAGCACAUUGCUUCCGGGUUUUGCCGCUUGCACAUGCGCAGACGCUCAAAAUGACAUCACACGCAUGCGCAGAAGCGGCGAAAAGCGAUGUGCGUGUGCGCAGACGUGCUGUCGCUAGUUACGUUUACCUCUAGAUACGAACGGGGCUCUGGAAUGGAUCCCGUUCGUAUCUAGAGGUACCACUGUAUCUCAUUGACAUCUCAUGGGAGGACGUUCCACAGGGCGGGUGCCACCACCAAGGAGGCCCUCUGCCUGGAUCUCUGUAACCUCAUUUCUCACAGGAGGGAACUGCCUGAAGGCCCUUGGAGCUGAACCCUUUUGAAUGAGUCUGUUUCUUGGCCUGACCUACCCCGCAGGGCUGUUUUGAGCAUAACUUGGAGGAAGAGUGGGGUGCAAGUAAAAUAAAGUGGGGUGCUGAGCAAGACCUGCGUUUGGAUCCAUGUGCUUCUGCACACAGGACAACUUCCUGGGGACGUAGGAAUCUGCCUACCACCCAUUUAGCACCAUCUGCAGUUUUUCAGCUGGACAGACAGGCGUAGCUCCCAGACCGACCAGGGAUUGACCAUCUGCAUGCAAAGUGGCUGCUCUCCCACUGAGUUGGGCCCCUUCUGCACCCCGACCUUCUGUUGUCUCCCCUUGCUGACUUAGCUGCCAAAAUCAUUCAUCUCUCACACCACUCCGGUAACAUGAUGCUCAUCCCUCGGAUGUAUCACAAACGCCUUGCUCUUGCCUUCAGAGCCCUCUGUGGCCAGGCUCUCCCAUCCUUAGGACAGCAUUCUUGUAUCCUGAGACAUCUCUGCCUGUGAUCUUUGCUCCUCAACCUCUAGAUGUCUUCUGUUCCCCGAAACAACACUGCCUUUUCCUCCCUGGUGCCCCAUAUGCCUGGUACCCCCUCUCAGAACCCCUCUGUGCAUCCUCCUCGCUUAUUUCCUUCAAGCCCUCCCUCCCAUCACCUUUCCCUUGGAACAGGGACACUGCAGCAGCCAGGCCUCUAACUAAAGCUCAGCACUUGUCAGUCGAAUCAUCGCCUCCUUUGCCUGCUCCCAUCUCCCUCUCCUUCCUCUGUUGUGCCAAAUUUUAAAUUGUAAGCGUGUCAGGGCAGAGAUCUAUCCCCUUGUAUUUUCUGCAAAGUGCUAUACAAGCUGAUGAUACUAUAUGGAGGAGGAGGAGGAUAAUAAGAAUAAUUCCUCCUUUCCUCUCUGUUGAGUCCUUUGCAUUCAGGCGGUGCUAUGAUAAGAAUAAUUAAGUGAGACAGUAUAUUUUCUGGCAUCCAAAUGUAUUGGACCAGGUGCCCAGUGUCUGCCAAGAGUAAAAGGGAAGCUCAAGGACUGGAAUAGAAUGAGGAUAUUGGCAGAAGGAGUGGCAUGUUCAUUGGACUCUUAAGUCUAGUGCAAGUGUUGACGUUUUAUGUUUCAGUCUACACUAUAUAUAUUUUAUUUUUUUGCAGUCCAUGGAGAGCGGAUGAAGCCCGGAUUCUGCGUGUGUCCAUCAGCUCCUUCCUGAAGCAUCUCUCCUUGGUGGUGGAAACUAUGGACUUGUUUGGGCCUCCUGUGGCUUGA